CUAAAUUCAUUUUCAUGUUGCAUUUUUCAUCCAAAUGAACCUGUGCUUACGUGACUUGAUGAGGGAGAGGAAAGUGAGAUGUUUUUUUACUACCUUUGGAAUGAGAGUCACAGUUGCUGCCACACAAUGAAUUUACAUUAACAUUGUCAAUAUUAUCUAAUCUUAAGGUUCUUACAAGUUUAAUUCAAUUCAAUAUAAUAUAACUUUAGUUUGUUAACUCAUUGGGUACCUAAAUUAGUAUUUCAUUACUUCUUGCCCAGUGAAUCGUGUUGCUUUGUUACCAUUUCAUCUUUGUUUUUUCCCUUUUGUUUAUACUCAACGUUUUCUAUUGAAGUAAAGAGCGAUGUCUUGUAAAGGUAAAGCUUUCAAGAAUUUAUUAACACCAUUGGAGGUUGGUGGUCAAACUUAUCAAUAUUAUGAUUUGACAAAAUUGGAUCAAGAAAAAUACCGAAAGCUUCCCUUUUCAAUUCGGAUUCUUCUUGAGUCGGCCAUACGAUCUUGUGAUGGAUUCCAGGUUAAGGAAAAAGAUGUGGACAUCAUCCUUAAUUGGGAACAUAAUCAAUCAGAAAGUAUUGAGAUUCCAUUUAAUCCAUCCAGGGUAAUCCUUCAAGAUCUAACUGGUGUACCUGCUGUUGUUGAUUUUGCUGCUAUGAGAGAUGCUUUUCAACGUCUUGGAGGUGAUCCGGAUAAAGUUAAUCCAUUGUGCCCAACCGAUUUAGUUAUUGAUCAUUCUGUGCAAGUUGAUUACUCUAGAACUAUUUUAAACAUGAUAAGGCCUGGAAUCGGGAAAAGUAAUGGCCGAAACUCACCCUCAACUCAAGAAUUCUGUGAUGAUUGUCAGAAAAAUGGUAAAUGCAUGUUGGCAGACAGCUUAAUUAAAAGUUCAGUUCCUGUUCGGGUGAACAAUGGACAUGCCAAUCAUAUUGUUAACGAUAUCGAAAAUUGGAUUCCUCAUAGUUUUGCCAAACUUCGCCAAGACUCUUGUCCCUUUCAUCGACAACAAUCCUUAGGAGCUGACUCCCUCCAUCGUAAUCAAGACAUUGAAUUUCAAAGAAAUAGAGAGCGAUUCCAGUUUCUCAAAUGGGGCUCCAAAGCUUUACGCAACAUGACCACAGUACCACCAGGAUCUGGUAUCUGUCACCAAGUUAAUCUUGAAUAUCUCGCUCGAGUUGUUUUUAAAUCUGAAGGUUUACUCUUUCCCGACUCAUUAGUCGGUGCUGAUUCUCAUACUACCAUGAUCAAUGGUCUUGGUAUAGUUGGUUGGGGAGUUGGUGGAAUCGAGGCUGAAGCUGUUAUGUUAGGUCAAUCAAUUAGCAUGGUUCUUCCUCAAGUUGUUGGUUACAAAUUAGUUGGUAAAUUACCUCCUCUUGCGACGUCAACCGAUUUAGUUUUAACCAUUACCAAGCAUCUUCGUCAAGUUGGUGUUGUUGGUAAAUUUGUUGAAUUUUUUGGUCCCGGUGUUGAUGAACUAUCGAUUGCUGAUAGAGCUACUAUUGCCAACAUGUGUCCAGAAUAUGGUGCAACCAUUGGAUUCUUCCCGGUUGAUAAUAAAGCCUUAGCUUAUUUAGAGCAAACAGGACGAGGUGAAGAGCACAUUAAGUAUAUCAGCUCGUACUUGAAAGCUGUUAAACUUUUCCGUGAUUAUCAAGACGCAUCCGAAGAUCCAAUCUUCUCAGAAGUUUAUGAGCUUAAUCUUGCCUCUAUAACUGCAUCAACAAGUGGACCUAAACGUCCUCAAGAUCGAGUUGCCGUAACUGAUAUGAAAAAUGAUUUUCUCCAAUGUUUAUCAAACAAAGCUGGUUUUAAAGGCUUUGGUAUCUCAAAUGAAGCAUUAGAUGAUAAGUCAUCUUUCGUCUUUGAUGGGCAAGAAUAUGUUUUAGGCCAUGGAUCAGUAGUUAUAUCAGCAAUAACAAGUUGCACCAAUACAUCUAAUCCAUCAGUUAUGCUAGGAGCUGGUCUUUUAGCUAAAAAGGCUGUUGAAAGAGGACUUAAUGUUGCUCCCUACAUUAAAACCAGUAUGUCACCAGGAUCUGGUGUUGUCACUUAUUACCUUAAAGAGUCAGGAGUUGCCCAGUAUUUGGAAAAAUUGGGCUUUGACAUUGUCGGUUAUGGUUGUAUGACUUGUAUCGGUAACAGUGGACCCUUGCCUGAUCCAGUGGUAGAGGCCAUUGAACGUAAAAACUUGGUUGUUGCUUCAGUCCUUUCUGGUAACCGGAAUUUUGAAGGUCGUGUUCAUCCCAACACUCGAGCUAAUUAUCUUGCUUCACCAUUGCUGGUUGUUGCUUAUGCAUUAGCCGGGACAGUUGUUAUUGACUUUGAUUCAUCACCACUUGGUAAAGAUCAAUCUGGUAAUAAUGUUUAUUUAAGGGAUAUUUGGCCCUCAAGAGAUGAAAUUCAAGAUAUUGAACAGAGAUAUGUUAUACCUGCCAUGUUUAAAGAAGUUUAUUCCAAGGUUACUCAAGGCAAUGAACGUUGGAAUAAUUUAGAAGUAUCAGAAUCAAUCUCAUAUCAAUGGGAUCCAGACUCAACGUACAUUAAAUGUCCACCAUUUUUUGAUAACAUGACCAUAGAUUUACCUCCAAUUAAACCGAUAACAAAUGCUCGAGCUUUACUUUAUCUUGGUGACUCUGUUACCACUGAUCAUAUCAGUCCAGCUGGUUCGAUUGCGAGAAACAGUCCAACAGCUAAAUAUCUUAUGGAACGCGGUGUUGAACCAAGAGACUUCAACUCGUAUGGGUCUCGUCGUGGUAAUGAUGCUGUCAUGGUUAGAGCUACUUUCGCCAAUAUUAGGCUUGUUAACAAAUUAGUUUCCAAACCAGGGCCAAAAACCAUUCACGUUCCAACUCGAGAAGAGCUUUUCGUUUUCGAUGCUGCGGAAAGAUAUAAACAAGAAGGCACUUCUUUAAUUAUUAUUGCUGGUAAAGAUUAUGGAAGUGGUUCCUCUCGAGAUUGGGCAGCUAAAGGUCCACUACUUCAAGGAAUCAGAGCUGUUAUUGCUGAAAGCUAUGAACGAAUUCACCGAAGUAAUCUCAUUGGUAUGGGUGUUAUGCCAUUACAAUUCAUGCCUGGUCAAAGUGGACCCAGUUUAGGACUCACUGGCCAUGAAGUUUUUACCAUCGAAAUGCCCGAGCCUUUAGCUACUCGACAAAAAACUAAAGUUAGGGUUCAAGGCAAUGAUCAAACUAAAGAGUUCGAUGUGCUUAUCAGAUUCGAUACAGAAGUUGAACUUCAAUACUACCUUAAUGGAGGAAUAUUGCAAUUUAUGUUGAGAAGACUAUUGAAAGAAUCUUAAAUCAAUUACUCAAGCUCAUUUACUGUGUUAAUUUAUUCCUCGGUUAUUUUAUGGAACAUUCGACUUCAAUAUCCUGAUCAAACAUAAAUAAAUAUAAACGAAGAGACGAAUAUAAACUAUAUACUUUUACUGGAGUAAAAUGUUAUCUUUCUCAAUACUUUUCUAUCAACAUUAACUUUUUGCUCAAAAUUUAUCACAAUUAAUGAUUUUAUAAAAUUUCUUUUCUUCGUUCAAUUUGAAUGCGCAAUAUGUGUAAGAAAACUUGGGAUAAAUAAAUUAAUUUAAACGAAU